AUGCGCACGAAUAAAUCCCCGGUCCAAAGCGACGACAAUGCGGACACCGCCGUACCAAGUCGUGGUUCCUCAUCAAGCAACCCUAUCGAUCAAGCCAGUUCAACCGCUGCUAGUGUACGCACGGCCAUAGUCUCCUCCAUCUCAUCGAACAAGAUCACGGCCGUCACUUUGAGCUUUAAGAGAGCGAUCAGGGUGUUCAAAGUGAAUGCUAUAGACGCGGUCAAUUCCGCUCUUGAAGCGCUGAGGAAGCUUGGGAUCAUUGAUUGGGCGAAAUUGGCUGGGCGCUGGAUGAAAGAGCACCCGUGGCAGACUGUUGCCAUGAUCGUUCCUCUCAUCCUUCUCGCCUGCACCCCCGCUAUUCUCGGCGCUAUGGGCUUCACCCCGGUUGGCGUCGCUGCCGGUACCAUUGCAGCUGGCAUCCAAGCGGGUAUUGGAAACAUUGUAGUUGGCUCUACUUUCGCCAUCUUCACGAGCGCUGCGAUGGGCGGAUACGGUGUGCCGAUCGUGUUCGGGGGCAUCUGGGUGCUGAGUAGUACGAUCCUGGGGGGCAUUGCAGCCUGGAAGCCGUCCAAAAGAAAAGACACUGGCGGUGAAAGUGUUCAUCAGGUGGUAGGAUAUAUCAAUGGAGGCGACGGACAACGAGGAGCUGGUGACAGCCAAGAGUGA